GGGUUCACGGGGUAGAACGGAUGUAACUGAUGACAGCGACGACCGCGACGGCCACGACCGACUGACUGUUGGGAACGUUGGGAACGUUGAAAGGGUUGAAAGUACCGGAAGUGCGUUGUAAAGAAAUCUUGAAAGGUGAACGGUUUCAUCCAAAUUUGAAAGUAAAUCGUGUCUAGGAAGUUAUCCUGUGGUUUGUACUACUAUUUCUGUUACAUAUAAAUUUUCGUUUUAGUGAUAUAAUAGUUUUAUACGUUGCCUUAAUUAUGUCAAGGCUAUACGGCAGUACAUCUAUUACAUCCUAGGUGAUAGAACUUCGUAACCAACGUUGUGAGAACCACAAAUCUUCCAUAUGCAUUGGUCUUCUAGAAUAACUUUGACCUAGAAAUUAAUAGACUGGAAAGCACACAAAGGAAUUUUUUACGUAACUUAGUCACAUAGUCCAAGUCACGUAUUGGUACACGCAUCAGAACUUUGUGGCUAUAUCACUAGGUUUCUUGUAAGCCUCUUUCCGACACAACGGACAGCCCAUCAUGUGUGAUGAUCAAGUUUCAGGUUUACAAAAGACUCAGCAGUCUAUUGCAACAAGAUUGCCAAAAAUUGUAUUACAGAAAGCUGAGGAAAUAUUUCCUUCUCUGAAAGGAAUUAUGAUCUGCUUGGGUUCACAGAAAGAUGUUCCAGGCUCUUAUGUUGAGGCACUUGCAUUGUCAUAUCACAAUGGUGUUCCGGCUGUCAACAUAAAAGUCGAGGAAUUCUCAGAUAUGGAAGAUGGGGAGGAUCCUGUACCAAUGACAAUUUUAGGAACAAAAGCUGAAUAUGAGAAAGAUUCACCAGGCUUGCAUAGUGAGGCAUGUUCAUCAUCGUCUCGUAGUGGAGUUCAGGCUGUCAACAUAAAAAUUGAAGAAUCCUCAGAUAUCGAAGAUAGUGAGGAUCCUGUGCCAAUGACACUUGUAGGAAUAAAAGCUGAAUAUGAGGACUGUGCACAUCCACAAGAAGAUGUCCCAGGUUCAUGUACUGAGACCGGUCUUGCGUCUCCUCAUGGUGCAUUUCAGGCCAUCAGUAUAAAAGUUCAGGAGGCUUCAGAUGUGGAAGAGGAAGGGAAUCCAGUUCCGAUAUCAUUUCCAGGAAUAAAAGUUGAACAUGCGGGCACCGUGAAAGAGGAUCAAGCCAAACAUGGUGAGUUUCCAUUUUCCUGCAAUGUGUGUUGUCAGACAUUCAGCCUUAGCAGUGGUCUGAAGAGACAUGAAAGUAUGCACCAAUCACCUUUCUGUGAUGUAUGCAACAAAUCAUUCACGAGGAAUAAUCAUUUGAAGGAACAUCAACGUACACAUAGUGGUGAGCGGCCAUUUUCCUGUGACGUGUGUUACAAAACAUUCAUCCGUAGAAGUGAUAUGAAGAGACAUCAACUUAUACAUGAUGCAGUCCGGUCGCUUUUCUGUGAUGUAUGCAAUAAACCAUUUACGAGGUAUGGUCAUUUGAAGGAACAUCAGCGUAUACAUAGUGGAGAGCGGCCGUAUUCGUGUCAUUUGUGUAAUAAGUCAUUUAGUCAGCACAAUCAUCUGAAAGGACAUGUACGUAGUAUACAUAUUGGGGAGCGGCCGUAUUCCUGUGAUGUGUGUAAUAGGUCAUUUACUAGGCAGUAUUAUUUAAAGCUGCAUCAACACAUACACAAUGGGGACCGGCCAUUUUCCUGUGAUUUGUGUCACAAGUCAUAUAUCCACAGUAAUGACCUGAAGACACACCAACGCAUGCAUAGUGGGGAGCGGCCCUUUUCUUGUAAUCUGUGUAAUAAAUCUUAUGCAAGUAACAGUCAGCUGAGGUCACAUCAACGGAUGCAUAGUGGGUUGGGUCUGUUUCCCUGUCUUGUAUGUAAUAAGUCAUACAGGUCUAAGAGUGAAUUGAAGAUACAUGAACGCAUACAUAGUGGAGAACGGCCAUUUUCAUGUACUCUGUGUAAUAGAUCUUAUAGAAGUAACAGUCAGCUGAGGAAACAUCAACGCAUCCAUAGUGGGGUGGGUCUGUUUUCCUGUUCUGUAUGUAAUAAGUCAUAUACAUCUAACAGUGAGCUCAUGGUACAUGAAUGCAUACAUAGUGGGUAGCAGCUGCAUUUCUGUGGUAUGUGUAACAAGUCAUUUAGUAGGUGACAUUUGAAGGCACAUCAACACAUACACAGCAGGGAUCAGCCAUUUUCCUGUGAUGUGUAAUAAAUCAUUCAGUGCGUGUGGACAUCUGAAG